GGACUAUUACAGUGCGCUCCGCAGUGCUCCAUUUGCCAUACCGCAAUACAGACAGGUAUAUAUUUCAUUUCGAGUGGGAUUGUUAGUAGUCAUGGGACGGGAUGAGAACGGAAGAAGAAGAUUCGUCGACGCUGGACGUUUCGUCGCUCUGUUGUUUUUGCUGAUGGCCUGGGCUUUUGCGGGAGUGGCGAGCGAAGAUGGAGAACAACCUGACAUCCUCAGGCAAAUCAGCAAAGAACUGGAUAGAAUUCAGGCAGCUCUUGCUAGGCUAAUGGAGCUCUUCGGUAUCUCUACAACCAGCGCCCCUCUUCCAGCAGUAACGGCACUUCCCAAUGAAACCACGACAAAGCCAACUGAAGGAGGCUUAUCAUCCACUGACAUACCAGACGUCUUCGAUCCUACAGCAGGAACUACUAUACUCACUUCAGCAAAUUCAACGGAGCCAACUCCAGUGACCACUGAAGAGGCCCAGUCGACCACUAGGCACGAUGAAACAGCUUCAACAGCAAGCAGGGAAGGAGAGCAAACAAGCACAGAAAGCAGUGAGAGUGACGAAAACUCUGGAGAGGCUGCCACGUCGACAAGAAUGCCAAUGACCACCGAAGAUCCUGACACCACAACUUUUGGAGACCUGGACAUCUCUGCACGUGCAGCAGGUGGUAAUACAACAGAUUCCACAGUUUCAGAAACCUCUGAAACAUCAGAAUCCACAGUUUCAGAAACAUCUGAAACAACAGAAGCCACAGGAUCCAUAGUUCCAGACACAUCUGAUUCUUAUACAACAGAAGCCGUAGUUUCAGAGACGUCCGAUACAACAGGAUCAGCAGUUACAGACAGUACUGAUAUUUAUACAACAGAAGAGAUAUUUCCAGAUACAUCAGAUACAACAGGAUCCAUAACUUCAGACACGUCUGAUUCUUAUGCAACAGAAUCCACACUUUCAGACCCGUUCGAUGCUUAUACCACAGAAGGCAUAGUUCCUGAUACAUCUGAUACAACAGAAUCCACGAUUUCAGACACUUCUGAUUCUUACACAACGGAAUUUGCUUAUACAACAGAAAGCCCAGUUCCUGACACAUCUGAUACAGUUUCAGAUACUUCUGAUUCUUACACAACAGAAUUUGCUUAUACAACAGAAAGCCCAGUUCCUGACACCUCUGAUACAGUUUCAGAUACUUCUGAUUCUUCUUCUACAGAAGGCAUAGGUCCUGACGUGUCUGAUGCAGCAGGAUCCACAAUUUCAGAUACGUCUGAUACUUAUACAACAGAAGCAGUUUCAGAUACGUCUGAUGCUUAUACAACAGAGUCUACAGUCCCUGACAUGUCUGAUACAACAGAAUCCGCAGCUACAGACACGUCUGAUUCUUAUACUACAGAAGGCAUAGGUACUGACAUGUCUGAUACAACAACAGGAUCCACACUUUCAGAUACUUCUGAUACUUAUACAACAGAAGGCAUGUUUCCAGACACAUCUGAUACACCAGUGUCUGCAGUUUCAGAUACGUCUAAUGCUUAUACAACAGAGUCUACAGUUCCUGAUGCGUCUGAUACAACAGAGUCUGCAGUUUCAGAUACCUCUGGCGCUUAUACAACCGAGUCUGCAGUUCCUGACGCAUCUGAUGCAACAGGAUCCGCAGCUACAGACAUAUCUGAUGCUUAUACAACAGAGUCUACCGUUCCUGACGCAUCUGAUGUUUUCACAACAGUCUCCCCAGUUUCAGACGACGGAAGCACAUCAGCAACAGAAGUGCCUUGGUAUGACACUUCGAGUUUGAACGACGUCAUGUCUCCAGAGCUCUUGAGGCCAAAACCCUUUGUACUGCCAGAAUCAGAAAUAGAACUUUUGGAACAUUACGAUCCUUUCAAAAUGGCGCUACUACCAACGACAACGGAAGAACCAGAAGUAGAACUUCUGGAAGACUUCAAGCCUCACAAAAUAAGGGAUGACUCUUUCCACGGCCCUCGAAAGUUUGUCAGCAUGAAAUAUUCAUUGAGCAGAAACGAUACAGAUGGGUCAGAGCUUAACGAUACUGAGGAGGAGGGAGAUGCUUUCGAAACACGAGAGACAUCCCCCCAAAAUUUAAGCCUUGGGACCUUUGAUGAUUUUAGUAAUGAAUGGUUCCAAGACAAUGGAAAUGAGACUGAUGAAGACACCAGAAGUUACGAUGUGGAUUAUAGCUUGACAGGGUCAUCAGAGAAUAGGUUUAAUGAAAGUGAGGCAGCACUAGACACUGCACUCGUCCCCAGAACAUCAGAAAUCUUUGACCUCUAUGGAAAUGACAGUGUAAGUUCAAACGAGAAAAAGGACAGUGAAUUUGACGAAGCUGAUAAUGAGGCAUUCAGAAAUGAUAAUAAUCAAUUUGCUAAAAAGGGCAGCGAACCAGGUAGCUAUGAAGAUGACAAAGGCUUUCAUAAUGAUUCCUUCUAUGAUGGAAAGGGUGAUCAUAAUGAAACUGAGCCGAUAAGAAAGGAGACCAGCGCUGACCAAGAUAAGAAUGAUAGAGACUAUAGAUAUGAUCUCGUAAAUUCUGGAGUUGAGGACAGUGAUAACAGUGAUGAUGCUGGUGAUGUUCAUAAUGAAACAGUUGCUGAAACUGGAACAUAUGAUGAAGGCAGAUACAGUGUAGGAAAUGGCACUGAGGAGGAAUCAUUUGGAAAAGUGGGUUCCAGUGAGCUGGAAGAUAAUAAUAAUAGAAGCAUUGUAAAUGGUGAGUCUGGUAAUGAUAACAAUGAUUCUUUUAACAUCCUGAAAAACGAACAUGAAACGGAAAACAAAACUAAUAACCGUUUGCUUGAAAGAGGAGACAAAGAAUCUGAUGAUCUGCAAGACAAAGAAAGCAACAAGUCUGAAAAGUCUCAUGAAAAUGAUAGCGAAAAAUCCCGGGAAUCUCAGGCAAAGGAUACCAAAAAAUCUGAAAGAUUACUGGACAGGGAGGAAAGAGAAUCUGGAGAUUCACAGGAAGAGAAAGUCGAGAAGUCUGAAGAGUCGGAAGAAAAAGAGAGAAAGCAGUCUGAAGAUUCAGAGGAAGAGAAAGUCGAGAAGUCUGAAGAUCAGAAGGAGAAAGAGAUAAAGCAUCUGAGAUUCAGAGGAAGGAGAAGGAGAGAAUUCUGA